UCGUAGCCCUUUUUAUUCCGCUUGGAGGGAUCGUGGGGGGUCGGGCAGAGUCCUCGCGCAGUCUAGGAGAGGGGAGCUGGGAGGGACCAGAGCAAUACUCCGUUUUUGCUGGAAAUUUGUGUUUUCCUGCGGGCCGGGGCCGAGCAGCUGCUUGUUUUUUCUUUCUUUUUUCCGGAGACAUGGCGUUGACUCCGCUAAGCGAGGGGUCCGUGGCUGAGGGGGCGGCUGGACUGGCCGAGGAAGUGGAGGGUAAAGUAGCGUCAGUAGCCGCGCUGGAAACGCCUGGUUGCUCCGGGACGGGUGCUCGUUACGAGCAGGGAAGCCGCUCUGAAUCUAGCUGUGAAGGUAACGAAGAGAUGGAGGAGGAGGAAGAGAUGUUGGAGGAGGAGGCUGCGGAGGGGGGAGCCGCAGAGCUCUUCGGAGGAUUUGGGACGGAGGAGGGCGAAAUGGAUUCCGACGAUGGGGACGAGCGCAUGAUUAAUCUUUCUGAGUUGGUGCCGUAUAUCAUGUGUUCCAUCUGCAAGGGAUACUUUAUAGAUGCCACAACCAUCACAGAAUGUCUUCAUACAUUCUGUAAAAGCUGCAUAGUAAGACAUUUUUACUACAGUAACAGAUGUCCAAAAUGCAACAUUGUAGUACAUCAGACACAACCACUUUAUAACAUCAGGCUAGAUCGACAGUUGCAAGACAUAGUAUAUAAAUUAGUUGUCAACCUGGAAGAAAGAGAAAAAAAGCGAAUGCAUGAUUUCUAUAGAGAAAGAGGUCUAGAAAUACCCAAACUUGCUGUACCCCAGCCAACUGCAGUAGGCAGGGGGAGACCCCGCAAGGUUGUAGGAUCUGUAUUCCGUAUUCCUCCAGAACUUGACAUGUCACUUCUUCUGGAAUUUAUUGGAGCAAAUGAUCUCUCUGGGAAUUUUAAGCCACUGGAAAAGAAGUUUGUACGUGUUUCAGGGGAGGCAACAAUUGGACAUGUGGAAAAAUUCCUCAGAAGAAAGAUGGAUCUUGAUCCUGGCUGUCAGGUUGACAUAAUAUGUGGUGAUCACCUGCUAGAACACUAUCAGACUCUAAGGGAAAUCCAGCAUGCACUAGGGAAGAGUGCAGUGCAGGAUGGGUUACUUGUACUUCACUAUGGACUGAUUCUUAGUGGAGAUUCCACAUUUUCAAGAAUCUCUUAAAUUUUCAGAAAGUGUUUGAAGGAGCAAAACCUCAUUUGAGAAUCGCACCAAAAAAAAAAAAGCCAUUUUAUUUAAAUGAAUUUAAAGAAAUGCACCGUGUUUGCUCUGCAUAAUAAUUUAGGAACUGAUUUAAAGCAGUGAGAAAAAGAAACACUGUGCCAGUAAGUAAACUCUAAAUACUUCAGUGCUCUUAUAUCAUCAGCACCUAGCUCAGGGAAGAACAAGCUUACCAACAUAAUAGAAUUCAUUUUAAAUAUGUGUUUUGCAGCAUUCAUGACUACUCUAUGGGUAGUCUUGUACUUGAGACUGCAAAUUAUCUGAAAGUCUUUAAGUAUAUUUGCAGUGCUGUUCUCAGGGAUGAUCUCUUGGACCACAAUGUCUUAUUGGGAAAAAUGUGUAUUAUUCAUGGGGACAUUUGAAUUACAUUUUAGUUGUCAGUUUAGAAAUAAAAAGACUUUCAAAUUUUUCCCUAUAGAUAAAAUGGGGACUAAUUACCCUUUAAAAAUUGCAAGCAUUUAUAUCUCAUAUCUUAUGUGAAAAAAAAUUAAAAUAUGUGAUCUAUCAAAAUCUGAAAAAAGGAAUGAAUCUAUGUGACUUAUAGAUCAUCACUGUAUGAAUAGCAAUGUAAAUGUAAAACUAGAUGAGACAAUAAAUUGGGCUGCAUUGGAACAGGUGUUCCACUGUUGUUUAUACCUCCAGUCUCAGUGGGAAAAUAAAUGGGCCGUGUCUUUUCCAAGUGUUUCAAACAAUGCACUGUGUUCCCCAGGUAAUAAAAGUGCACUUGAAUAAUAAAGCAGGAGCUGGCUGAAUGGUAGCAAUGCAGUAACAGAGCCAGAACAAUGGUCUUAUUGAAAAAUAUGAAUUUGAUUAGCUUACUGCUAAAAAUAUUAAAACAAUAUAAAAAAUGAAAUACAUCAGAUAUGAGAAAAAAGCCAUAGAAUGACUCAGUCAAUUGCACAACAAGGGUAUGAUAGGAUUAUUGAAAAGCACAGAGAAAUUGUUAACAAUUAUUUUGACUGGCUUUUGCAUGGGAUUACAAUGCCUCUGACUUUUUUUUUUUUAAUUGAAGGCUAAUUCUAAUUACAGCAACUCAAGCUAAAACUGUUGGGACAAAUUUAUGAAUUACAAAUAUUAAAUCUUUGGUUCCAUCAUACAACCACAAAUUCUUGAAGAGUGAAAUAUUACAGUUUUUGUUCUAUUUUUUUAAUUUGAUAGAGUAAAUAAAUUAACUAAUGUUACCUCAAUUUGUAAAACAUUCAACGUAGCAAACAAGUAAAUUAUUCAAAUUGGACUUAACACAGAAGAAUAAGCUUUUCUGAGAGAAAAAUAAGCAUAACUUUUGUAGACUGAGAUCCUGCAUUGCCAUGUGGAAAUUUUUCUGGAGUGUCAGCUAGGAAUGCUCCACUACAUAUACUUGAGCAUCUAAGUCUUGAACAUGCUACCAGACUUUAUGUGUACCUUGUUGCAUAGACUAACAUGACUCCUCCCACUGUAGUGGACACAUGAGAAGUUUAGACGGCUUUCUUCUAUCAUUUUCUACAUCUCUAGAAUCAGAGACAGUAUGUUGCUGAAUAUUGCAAGGAAGCAUUGUUUCCAGAAUCUGUAUUUGCGCUUUAUAGAGAGGCCUCUAGUCCUUCAGGGCUCUUCCUUUCUUUAUACUUGGAGCACUUUCAGUAAUCAGUCUUAGUCAAAACUUUUUUCACGUUCUAUAUUAAUAGAUUAUUAGGAUGGAAUACACAAGAACAAUUGUGAUUAAGAGCUGUUUGCUUGUGCACAGUUUAGAUUAUCAAGAGAGGAGUUUUCAGAAUUCAUAUGUAUAUCACACAGUAUCUUGGGAGGCUCCAUUAUUUCUCUUUUGAAGAGGAAUCUGCAUUUCAAAUUGAACUUUGAAUAACCAUCCAAAUCUUGGGAAUGCCGUUUCAUUAAAAAUAAAGAUCCACAGUGGAAUCUGAAAAUAUAUGUUUUGUAUUCCAAUUAAUUAAUUUGAUUGCAAAGCAUGUUCAUCUAAUCUGUAAAUCAUAUUAUAUUCACUAUAUGGAGAAACUCAUUUGUGGUGGUCUCUUUUGUUUCUUUUCUUUCACCUAUGCACUAUUCUGCAUGAAAAAAAAAAUUCUCCCUAAGGCAUCAUUCCAAAUUAUGCCUUUUCAAGUAAAUAGACAAUAUUUCAUUGUCUUUGUUAAAUACGUCUUGGUCAUUCAACUUCAUUGCUCAAUAUUUUCUUAUUUCAAGUUAUGAAGUAUAGAGUUUUUGUUCUGUUCACAUUCACCUCAUUACCAAUCAUCCCAUUUUAUUGUCCUAUAUGUGUACAUAUUACUAUGCAUCUACUUUCAGUACCCAUUAGUUUCUGAGUACACAUAUUGUAAGGUAAUGGAGGACUGUAUUACUGACUUCAGAAACAGAAAAAACAGUGCUAUUCACUAAGAUGUGCAAAAUGUUUUAAUUUCAAAAUACUUUGAGUGCUAUUUUCACAGAAUGUCCUAUCUUGCAUUCAAAAUGGGUUGUUUGCAAAUUUGCUCAGUGGAAGAAUUUUGAAGUGAUACAUUUUGCACAUUUUUUCUCUUUACUAUGUAAGAAGAGCAAGUGCGAUAACAUUAUUGCAUCCAUUUGUCUCCAUCCAGGGAAUAUGAUUUCAAUUAUACUGUGCAUUCUUUUCCCCUGUACUAAUACAGUAUUCUGCCUUUGGCCUCUUUGCUUAUGUUGGGUAAUUUUUUUUUCCUUGAAAGCAGCUGCCAACAUCAUCUUUAACCACCACAGAAUGAUUCAUUCCUUUCUCCUUGCCACAUCGAUUCCCCCACUUUUUUUUUUUUUUUAAUCAGCUUGGUUAGUGUUAUAGUUUUGUAGUUGGUCAGUGGCCCAGAAAGGGAAAUGGUUGGAAUUUUUGUGCCAAGUGCAUAAUAAAUAAAUAAUACAUGUGAACAAAGAAAUCUUGUAGCAAAAACGGCUUCAGCAGAGGUGGAAUGUAAUUCAGUAAAUAUAUAAAUCAAACUGUAAUAAUUAUUUCUAUGUUCUGAAUAUUGUUAUAAGACAUGUUUAUAUGUGGUUGAUGAC